AUGGAUGAGGAGAUAAACAGAAAGAUUAUGAGAUCAAACUUUUCGUCACCUGAGGAGUUAAAAGAGCAUAUACGUUUAGUACAAGCAAUGGUGAGUGAAUAUGAGAAGAAAAUGUAUGAAACAUACAACUAUGAUGACAAGUGUAGAACCAAGAUAAGAGAAUGGAGAAACAAACUCUAUCAAAUGGCACAUGAAAACAAGAUCACGCAGGAAAGCUCUGAUAAUAUAGAUGAGCUUGAAAAAACUGCAAGGCUGGUUCAUAGACAAAUUGGUAAGGCAGAUACAAAUCAAAGUGUGCUUGAUAAAAGCACACUCAAGCUCAUGGGCCUGAAUUACACCAGUAAAGAUAUUGAAAAUGCGCUUGUUGAAACAAAGGAAAAAAUGAAAAAGAAUAGAAAACAGGAACGAGCCGAGGUGUUCUUGCUGACUGGUGCAUUUGUACUGUUUGUCUGUGUAUGUAUUCUAAUACUUUUUGACAAGCUUGUUUCGAAAACCUGA